AUGAGUAAACUAACUCCAUUUAUUCAAGAUUCUGUUGGAUCAGCAAUGGAACAGCUAUCAACUAAAGUAAAACCAAAAAAGAAAUACAAAACUGAUAGGAAGGAUUUGGACGGGAGAUCAGGAAAAGGAAUCACCCCAAUGGAUGUGGUCAAAAAAGCGCCAGAUAUUGCAAUGAAAUCAACGCAAGAACUUUUUCCAUCUCUAAAACCAGUUUAUGAUAGGCAUAAAUCUGGGGAUAUUUUCAGGAAUUACUUCUAGUAAGUUUUGGAGGCGGCCGACAGCUGAAGAAGAGAAAUUAAAAGGAAUAAUACGCAAAGGAAGUAAUCCUGAGCUGUUCUUUGCGUUUAACAAAGAUGGUAAGAAAUUUAGGCAAUAUAAAACAAAAUUCUUUGAAAAAAACCCAGAAGCUUUAACAGAUAUGAACAACAUUAUUUCAUCUAAUCCAGAUUCAUGGCCAGAGGUUAUAAGAAACAAAUACGGAAUUAACAUUGAUGAACACUUCUGGGAAAACAAUCCAUUACUAGAAACUCAAGGAAGUGGAAUCAUGGCUCCAGUUAUUUAUGGACGGGUACGUGGUAAGUCUGGACGUGCAAUAGAUAUCCACAAACAAAUACUAAAAGUAGCUCCACGUAAAAGCUUCGUACUGCCUGGGCAUAAUUAUACUAGACCUGGUAAGCCACUCGAAUCUCAAUUGAAAUACGAUCCUGAAACUGGUGAGAUACUAGAAAUAUAUGAGCAACCAACUGGACGAACAGAUGCUGUCAGUAUGCAACACGAUGUUGAUUACUGUCUGUGGUAA